AUGGACGUCGUCCAUGAUCGACUCUCGGAGGAGGAGGUCCUAAAAAUCACCUUCGCCGAUAUAAUAAAAAUUCUGGAGUCUACGCUACGGCUACCAGAAGACGCAAUACGUAAAGCACAGGAAUUUCAGUCACUUACAGCACGAUUAUACCUUAGACCGGAUGUUGCUAUACUCUGGUGUAAAGAUCAGCAGCGGCAGGGGUUGCUAGAGGCUCAUAUGAUCAAGUUCUUUAAAGAUACCUGCAUCCUACUACUUGAUAGAUAUGAGGAAACACGGCCAUUUAUUAUCAAGGGUUGCUGCCAAUUAUGUAUUGUCGGCGGAGAGCUUGGUCGCCAGGCAGUGGCUAUUGCGGCCGAUGCCUGCCGAGACAGUGCAAAGCAAGAGGUAGUCGCCAUUAUUCUAGAGGUUAUAUCGCCACUGAUGGAGGUCACAGACUCACUGCCGAUAAAAUUGCAACAUAAUUUAAUGACGUCACUCACACAACUGCCGCAUAUGCAAGAGUUUGCAGUAUGCCUACAACCGUUUAUACACAAUAUCGUAGAAGAUAUAGUCAAAGAUCCCUGGGAGACAGAGUAUAUUGGGUUACUGAAAACUGCCUGUCUAGAUGAGGAUAAUCUAGUGGACUUGUUGCAGUACAAACUGCCAGAGAGGGUCAUACCACAAUUGAAGCAGUAUGAGCUCAUAAAUGGGCCUAUAUAUGCCAACGAGGCACAUCUGGAAGCUAUUUCACACGUUUUGGAAAUAGUAGGAUUGACCAUGAGAGGGGUACCGGCGCCAUUACUAUCACAAUUUAUAGGCGAUACCAUAAUACCGAACCUAAAGGAUCUUAUAGGAGAACGAGAAGGUACUGCGAGGCUUACAGCAGCAGAGGCGCGUAUAUGUAAUCUUAUUAUACGGCUGUGUACUGCCGCUAUAGUAUCAAGCCAGAAUGCUCUGGAAGAACUGUGUUUUGGGUAUCAUCUAUUCGAUCUUUUGGUAGUACCGGUCAAAGAACCGGUAGCCGAACCCCUGGUACUUGCUGCUGCGCUUACAUGCCUUAUUGCUAUCAUGAGGAACCCGAAAAAUGGAGAUACUUUCAUAAAUACGUUUACUGAGGAUGUGGAUCUAGGUAUAUUAAUGGGAUACCUGAGGCCGGAGAGUAUACAAAAGCUUGUGGAAAUACAUAAUAAGCAUGCUAUUACCCUAGUGAGUUCGAUAUCCAACUUCAUUGCACAUUUACUUGAGCUCGCACCAAAACAACCUAGGGUACAACAACUUAUGGAUAACAUGUAUGAAAAGGGACUUGUUGUCAUGAUAAUGGAUGCUAUAGCACAUUCAGCUGCAGAUAUACAAGUCAGAGGUGCACUGGUAAGAGCGCUGGUCAGGUUACCAUUAGAACGGAUAGAUGCUGGAGCAAUUACCAUUAUGUUGGAAUUAUUGGUACCGGCCAGUAUUAGAGAAUUCGAGCCUGAAGUGUUUGAAUAUAUAAUGGACGCCCUCAAACUCAAGCUAGAAGUAUAUGCCAUGGAAACGAUCAUUGAACGAACGUGCUGGCUUCUCAUUGCCACGCUAAAGACGCCAGAAGCACAUAGGUACCACGUAGUGCAUCUCAAGUGUGCCGCACUGCUCCAAAAAGCUUCAGGUACGAAAUCCGGUAGGAUGAUUUUGAGGAAUGAGAACCACGCUCUUAGUUUAAGGAAGGCACUCAAGUAUGAAGAAGAAUUCUGUGAACAUGAUCAUCCUGAAGUACGAGUAGAGCUUGCUUCUGCGGGUGGUGAUGUAGCUUUUUUGAGCGCAUGUAUGUUCGAUACAUUUCGGCUGAAAAGCGAUAGUAAACAGAUUUUUCGUGUUUUACGAGCCUUGAACCUUGCUAUCAGCGAUGCACAGCACGGACAUUUGGAGGAAAAGAUGCAACAUAUCGAGGCCAUUUGUGCCCAGGAAGUAGAGGAUUUUGCUGAAGAACCGCUGAAACAUAUUGCUGUGUUUGCACAAGAUAGUAGUAUAGAAGGCACAGAGAAUGCGGAAUCUGAUAGUGUAAACACAGAUAUGGACGCUCUGCUUCAACAUGAUAUUUUACCAGAUAUGACACUGGAUGCGCAUCGUGACAGAGAACAGCAGCUAUUUGUUUCCAUGGAGAUGCCGCAGAAAAUAAUGGCAUAUCUAAGUGCGGCAUUCUCAACGACAUUCACGGAGCGGUUCCUGCAAGAACGUAAACGUAACCAACACAGCGAAUACUGGGCAGGGUUACUGAAAGGUAGAAAACUAGAUUGCGAGCGUCUUAGUAUCUGUGACAAAUUCGAUUGGAAUAUCGACUGCUCUGAUAUCUUCAGUGGAGAGAGUCUGGCAGAAGGAACACAGUUGGGUGAAGCUAUCAGCAGUGCUAUAGCAAAACCAACAAGACAUACCGUCUCUUAUGUAAUUAACAAAAAAUUGGGAGAUAAUAAUCAUGAUAAGCGAGACGAUGAUAUAUUCUACUGGGUAGUUCCGAGACAGUUGUUACACAAGGUCUGGAUUAACGAGUCUACAAAAAUACUCAAUCCUUGUUUUGUAGUCUCCAGCUAUUUGCGUACGCUACACGUGCUUAUGGCACCGCACGUAUCUAGUGUUGUGCGAGAGGCAAUUAAAGGACACUUUAAGGAUCCAGAUUUCGUGAGGAACCUAAUCAAACUAACAGCAUGUUCAUCGUUCCUAGAUGCCAACCUCACAGCCAAGUUGUUUAGGGUAUGCGUUCGCGCAUUGACCAUAGAUGUUUCGGCACAAGCAGAAUCAAUGGACGUCAUUAUUGUCUAUGACAUCCUAUCUCGGUUUGCAGCUGGCGUUUGUGAACCUUUGAUGAGUGUUGUCACCAGUGUGAGCGUCGACUGGGUGGAAAGCAGUAUGUAUCACGUCCAGUUGGUGUUGUUACGCAUUUUUCAGUUGUUCGCAAUGAUAGCAAGACAGAUGCCAUGUAUCAAGUUCUCAAACGUCCUAGAGAUACAGCAAUACUUUGUGGAAAAGUGUGUUAUAAGGUUCCUUACGGAACCUGUCUUAUCUCUAGUUCUGCGGAUACUUUUCCAAAUCGUCGCUCUGGAGACCAGCAGCAGUGUAGGUACAUAUGUAUCACACCUCUACCAAUCACAUCUUCUCGAACAGAUUAGGGAGGCAUGUGCCGACAUUGUUGUGACGUCCUCCUGCGCGGCAAAACACACCCACUACCAACAUUUGAUCAAUGCUAUCAGCGAACAGCGGCAAUCAAACUCGCUCCUUCUUAGACCGAGUUUCGUAGCAGACCUCCUAAGGCGCAUACAGUUGGCAGAACUGUCGAAACAGUUCCAAGAUCGGGUCUCUGAAAAACGUCUAGAAAGGGCUCUAUUGAUGGAUGAUAUAUGGAUUGCAAAAAAAGGGGGCCCGAUAAGGACCGGGCUGUUAGGCGUGACUUCACGAAACAUGUACAUACUACGUUCUAGACGUGAAAGUGAUUUCAAAAUUAGAUCCAAGUUCCACAGAAACGCAGCCGUAUGGGAAGUAGAAAACGGACUCCUAUAUGUUGUGUUCGCACGACAGGCAAUUGUUGAUAAAACAUCAUGGACAGACUCAACAUGCGCAAUGUUCACAUUGAGACAUACACCAUCAACCGAGUUCAGGAGGUUUGUAACCGAGGGUAACAGUAAUAUUUUGGGGUUUUGCUCAGCUAAAACGCUGGGCAAAACCGCGACAUACCUAGGUAUAUGCAACCACGAUGAACAACUAUCUCUAAUCGCACUCACGGAGAAUAAGUUGGCUAUUUUUGCCAUUAAACCCAAUAUUAUAACGGAGACUAUCAUAAAAGGUAAGUUCAUGUGUGAACUAGCACUGAUGCCGCUCCCAGAGGACUCCACAGAUGAUGGUAACUAUUCUAGUGUUCUGGCUGGGAAGGUCGUUGAGACCGACAGCAACAGGAAAAUUACAGCGCCUGAGAGUGAAGAGGACGAUGAAGAAACAAGUGAAGCUCCACCAGAAGAACCUCUUGAACUGCUGCAGCAAUGGUAUUGUGAUUCCAUCACAAAAGUCGCAUACGGAGAUGACCUUGGCGUCGCCAUAACCGUAAAAGACUCUCACGAAGAGGACGAUGAUGACGGUUGUGUCUGGGAAGUUACAUUUGUGUCAGACGGCCGUCGAGAAGCGUUCAAGAAGGCUCUUGCACGCUCUAUAGGCCACUUAGCGUGGUUCAGGCAUUGGGAGCGCAGCUAA